AUGGCCUCCACGGAAGAACUGGACGAGCAAAUAGAGGCUGCAGAAGAAGCCGGUGACACCGCCAAGCUAUUGGAAAUUGUCACCCAAUGCACCCCAUAUGGCACUCGCGAGGACGACGAUUGGGCGGAUACUACCGAAGCCAGCCUGGAUGCUGUAUACCGAUUGGCCAAGAGUGGCAAAGCUACAAGUGGAAUGAGCGUCAUUUUUGCGGCUCUGGAUGCGUGGAAGGGAAACGAAGCCAUUGUGGAAGUCGCCUUGGGAUGCAUCGUAUCCUUAUCCAAAAGUUAUAGUACAGAGGAGGAGAAAGAAGUAGACGUGGCCUUGUUGUGGUCCAUGAUGAAGCCAUUUCCUGGAGAGUCUACUAUUCAAGAACAGGCGUGUCUGGCCAUUGAGGGCUUGGCACUGGCAUCGGAAAAGUGCAAAGCAGCCUUGUUGAAGGUCGAUAAUGUCGAAUCGUUGUUGGCGGCAGCCAAAGAGAACAUUACCAACGAACGCAACAAAGCCUACCCGGGAAGGGCUGCAGAAGCUUUGGGCGUGUCUGUGCCACCAUAG